ACUGACCAGAAUGAUCAGAGCUAGCCUCUCUCACUCCAGUUUAAACACUGGACAGUGUCUUAUUAUCAGCCUGCGGCAUUGGCUUUCUAAAUUAAAAAAAGUGUCAGACAAUAAAGAGUGCGGCGCGUGGGUGCAUGAGAGCGAAGAGAAAGUGGAUCGUAUAAUUUGAACGGUUUGAAUCUGCUCUCAUUCCGUUCUUAAAAUUAUGUUUAAUGACAUACCUUCUAAGAUUUAAACAUUUUUAGCUUAUUAGAGACAAACUUCGGUUUAAGGUAACUACAAACGCAGAACUAUUUGCUUUCUAUUUUAGGGGUGCUGGGACACGUGUUGGGGCACUUGAGCCACCAUAUAAAAGGUAUAGCUAAUCCCUGAUAGCAUCAAUAUAAUCUUUUUUUUUUCUUUAUUUAUUGAAAUGUGAUGAUUUACAUAACUGAUUGUCUUCUAAUGUGUGUUAUAUGGGAAAGCAACACUUACACAAAUGAAGAUUUGAGUGCACUAUGCCUAUAAGUGGCACAGAAUAUUUAUUGGUGGAGACCAGCUGAGCUCUCCGCCAAUAGUGUGGGAGACUGUACAAAGGGAUCUACUCCCUCCCUCAGUCACAGCAGCAGUGCAAUCAUGAGCGAUGAAGUACAAGAGAGUGGUUCCUUUGUGUUUAUUUCAAGAAUGGACGGGUCGAAUUCAGUGGAUUUAUGAUCUUAAAAUAAGGAAUAUCACGUUUUGCUUUGGAUGCAGGAAAAAUACCUACUCAUGGAAAUAGGUGGAAUAUUGAGGAGAUGAAACAUAAAAGAAACAGAGGGCGGAAACAGGCAGCGUUCUGGCUGCUUGGGUUCUCCCUUUUGUGGAAUAUUACUGGUGCCCAGAUUCGGUACACCAUACCAGAGGAGUUAAAAGAAGGCUUUGUCGUAGGAAACCUCGCUAAGGAUCUUGGUUUAGACGUCUCGGAUAUCGCUUCCCGUAAGUUGCGAUUGGCUUCUGAGUCUAAUAGACAAUAUUUCCACGUCGAUUCAGAAAAGGGUGAACUGGUUGUGAAUGGAAGAAUCGACAGGGAACAAAUAUGCGCUGAAAGCUCCAGUUGUCUUUUACCACUGCAAGUUGUUAUUGAGGAUCCUUUGCAGCUUCACCGUGUUGAGAUAGAGAUACAGGAUGUUAAUGAUAACUCACCAAAUUUUCACACAAAAGACGCAACGUUAAAAAUAGCAGAGUCAGUAGCUCUAGGAGCUCGAUUUCCAUUGGAAAGUGCUGAAGAUUUAGAUGUUGGGAGCAAUAGUUUAAGCUCUUAUUCGCUAAGCAGAAACGAGUUUUUCCGUCUAAACGUGAAAACUCUAAAGGAUGGAAGGAAAGUACCCGAACUGGUCGUCGACAAGCCUCUUGAUAGAGAGAAGCAGUCUGUUCACAAGCUAAUAUUUACAGCUUUGGAUGGUGGAAAUCCGGUCAGAUCUGGCACUGCUUUGUUACAGAUAUUUGUACAAGAUGUUAACGACAAUGAACCUAAAUUUGAGCUCGCAGCUUACAAAGCACAUGUAACUGAACGUGCAGUCGUUGGUUCCAGUGUUUUGUCUUUAAAAGCCAGCGAUUUAGACGAAGGUUUAAACGGUGAAAUACUGUAUAUUUUUAGUACACACACAACCGAGCUCGUGAAACGGGCUUUUAAAGUAAACCCCAAUACUGGAGACAUUACAGUGAUUGGAGACUUAGAUUAUGAAACGACAAAGUCAUACACAUUUGAUGUUUGUGCAAAAGAUAAAGGAAAUCCAGAACUGGAAGGUCAUUCGUCUGUUCAAAUAGACAUUGUUGAUGAAAACGACAAUGCUCCUGAAAUUAUUCUUACAUCGUUGCCAAACCCUGUGCCAGAAAACGCCACAGUGGGAACAGUAGUAGCUCUUAUUAAUGUCAGAGAUUUGGACUCUGCUGAAAAUGGCAAGGUGCAUUUAAAUAUCUCUCCUGAAUUUCCUUUUAAACUGAAACCAUCUUUCGAUAACCACUACUCUCUGGUAACUGGCUCAGUUUUAGACCGUGAAGAUAAAUCAGAAUAUAAUGUUGAAAUAGUGGCACGCGAUUCUGGCGUGCCAUCUUUAAAAACAACUAAAUUUGUCCAUGUUAAAGUUCUCGAUGUAAACGAUAAUCGUCCAGCAUUCUCCCAGUCCUCUUACAGCGUGUAUGUAAAAGAGAAUAACCCAGCUGGGGGCUCACUGUUCUCAGUGACAGCAGUUGACAUUGACAAAGACAAGAACGCCAUGCUCACUUACUCAAUCGUGGAGUUAAAUCUAAAUAACGUUCCAAUGUCUUCUUAUUUUUACAUUAACUCUGAGAAUGGCACCAUUUACAGCAUGAGCACGUUUGACUAUGAAAAGUUGAAAAUGCUAAACGUUGUUGUACAAGCGAAAGAUCAUGGCUCUCCGUCUCUUAGCAGCAACACCACAAUUCAUGUUUUUAUUCUGGACCAAAAUGACAAUGCCCCCGCUGUCAUUUACCCCUCUGCAGUCAUGGGAUCUGUCUCUCAUCAGAGGAUACCCCGCACCGCUAAAGCUGGACAUCUUGUUACUAAAGUCACAGCAGUGGACGCUGACUCGGGCCAUAACGCCUGGAUUUCCUAUAGGCUCGCGGAGGCUACGGACGCGUCUAUGUUCAGCGUCAAUUUACACACAGGAGAAGUGAGGACUAAACGCUCGCUUUCAGAGCAGGAUGACUCUUCUCAGAGGCUGCUUAUAGAGAUACAGGACAACGGAGAACCAGUGCAGUCCACCACAGUCACAGUGGAUGUGCUGAUUGAGGACGGCUUUCAUGAGCCCAUCUCAGACUAUCGUAAGAAAUCCACAGAACUCAAUAAGAAAAGUGGUAAAAUCACACUUUAUCUGAUCAUCUCUCUCGCCUCUGUGUCUUUACUGUGUUUGAUGACGUUCUUUAUCUUAUUGGCUAAAUGUGCUCGAAACAGUAGAGGCAGCUCAAGCUGCUGUAUCAGACGGAACGAUUCUGGAUAUAAGAACCCCAACAGAAACCUGCAGAUCCAGCUCAACACUGACGGACCCAUUAAGUAUGUUGAGGUGCUGGGAGGAGACAUGAUGUCUCAGAGUCAGUCCUUCGGCUCCUAUCUUUCUCCAAUGUCCGAAUUCAGUGACUUUACCCUCGUGAAGCCCAGCAGCACUACAGAUUUUACAGACACGCUCAACGUGCUGGACGCGUCGUUACCUGAUAGCACGUGGACGUUUGAGAGUCAGCAGCAAAAGCCACCUAACAAUGACUGGCGCAUGCCCCCAAACCAGAGACCCGGACCAAGUGGCCAGCACAGGUUCCACACCCUGCAGCAGAGAUGGACUCCCUACGAGAAGUCCAGAGCUGGACCUCGUCCUGAGGAAGCUGGUGCAGGUGCAGUAGGUGGGACGGGACCAUGGCCCAACCCCCCCACCGAAGCCGAACAGCUCCAGGCUCUGAUGGCUGCAGCGAAUGCAAAUGAAGCUACCGCGACUUUGGGUCCUCGCUACAAUGCUCAGUAUGUCCCUGACUACCGCCAGAACGUCUACAUCCCAGGCAGCACCGCUACGCUUACGGCUAACCCCCAGCAGCAGCAGAUGCCCCAGCAGGCUCUACCCCCACCACAAGCCCUGCCUCCAACAGAGGCUCCAAAGGCUGCCCCAACUCCGGCCAGCAAGAAGAAGGUCACCAAGAAAGACAAGAAGUAAGACGGAGUGAGAGAACAGACAGAGGGAGAAUUAGCUGAGCUAUAUAGAUCCGGGCAUUUCUCCUCUGCACGUGUUAGCUUUUCCCUCUCUAGAAUGUUGACACCCCUUAAACUCUAGGCUUAUUGUUCAUUAAUACACACUAUCCAGGAUGAUUGGGUACCUUCUAUCACAGCUACUGUUUAAGGAUGUUUCGUUACAAUUGCAAGGAAUGGAAGUCGUAGAGUUUAAGGGGUUUAUAAUCAGAAUAUUCUGAGACAUUUCAGCUGUAUUUGGUUUUCUGUUUUUUUGAAUUUGUAUUUCUUAGUCUACGGUGUAACUCACCACUUCCUUUAAUCAUUAUUGGUAUUUUUUUGGUGUACUGCAACAUCAAGAAGGACAUAGUAGGAUGAGAUGUGUUUAGAUCCCAAAGUGACCCUUUACGCAGGGAAGUCUGUCUUGUAAGAUAGAUUAAAAAAAAAAUACUGAUUCUUUGUCAUGUUAAGUUUUUUGUGUUCUUUUUAAUGCAAAGUAGAUCCUUCUUGUUGUGACAAAUAUUUAAAAAAAAUGUCAAUGUUAGAAUUCUCAAGAGGAUGUGCCAUAGCUCUGCCCCAACCCUUAUUAUAUCAUUUUUUUUUUUUUUUGCAUGCUCCACUUUGACAUCAAUAAGGGUAUUGAAAAUGAACUAUGCAGUGUGGCAAAGAUGUUAAAGCAACGAUGCAAAUUUCGGUAAAUGCUAAAAAUGAUUAGAAUUAGAGAAUGCAUUUCUUUGUAAACCAGCAGCAACUGAAAAGCUGGACUGAAAAGUUCUAAGAAAGUAAAAACCUGGUAUCAUUCUAAAAAGCGAGUUAGAAACACCCAUCAAUGUUACUGCGAUACUAUUAAUAGUCGUAAAUAUCAAUCCUGUGGACUUGCAUUAGAUAAUGUUUGCCAUGUAUAAAACCUUGGAUAAGGUGGCAGAUACCCAGACUGUUAGCCUGUGUGUUAUGCCAUAUUGGUUGAGUGUUAGUGAACAGGGGCUUGUGCUCCAAGAGUGAUGAAAAAGUGCUUAAGCAGAAGAUGACUGGGUUGGUGUGUCAUUUGCUUGGGUUCUAUGUUUGGGGUUGAGAAGAAGUUAGAAAGGCACUGGGUAACAUAAGCACUGUACGCAGGUUUGAUGCUCCAAAGUGGGCCUCACGCAAAUGAAGGCAAUUUCUGUAAAGACAUUUCCAACUGAGAAGAACAACAGAUCAGAUAACUGGUCUUAAACUCUCGGUAGGCCACUCCAUCCUUGGCCAGCUUCAAGAGAGUGGAAUGAGGAGCUCCUUACUCCUCAAAAUUCUGCACAACCCUAAUAUAAAUGCACCAACCCUUCAUCACAGUGUAAAUAAGAUACAGUAUGUAACCUGUCUGUAUAAACUAGAGCCACAAGGUUCAGGCCAACACAGGAAUGUUUCAGUAUUUUUUAGAAAAACAGAAAAGAAAAAAUACAUAAAAAAACAUAAAACUGAUCAAGUGUAGUGCUAUAGAUACAAAAGCUUCGAGCUCACUGACUAACUCAACUUGUACAUAAAACCUGCAGUCUCCGCAAGACAUGCAGCUUAGUAGCUUAUAGGGCUUGUGAAAAUGUGUGCAUAUUUUUGUGUUUUUUCCUUCUCUUUUACUUUAUUUCUUCAAUCAUCUGAACAUCAAAAGCUUAAAAAAAAAGAAACAAAAAAAAAAGCAAACCUAUGGUUCCUAGCGUGCUCUACCCUUACCCCAACCCACCACCCACCUCUCUAUAGUCUUCUGUGUUUGUAAUUACAGUCAGCUGUUAAUGCUACCGGAAUGCCAUUCCUGUCUGUUUAACUAUGAACCUAUAAUAUAUAUAAAUAUAUCUAUCUAAAUGUCUGUCUGCUGCUUGAAUACCUUUCUGUAUUCUACCGUGAUAACCUUCCUUUAAAGCUUAGCGCUUCAUGUUAUGCUUUUAUUUUAUAACGCAGAUAUUUAUAUGGCUGUUUAUUUGUUUAUGUUAUUGUUUACUAAUGGAACACUUACAUUUCAAAUAAAAGUUUGUCAGAACUCACAA